GGGAGGGAAAGUGAGCGGAGACACGAGUUCUGCAACGACAACGGGAGAGCCAUGAAUAGAACUGCUUUGUUCUAUCUCCUUUCAAUCUCACAUCGUCUCUUCCGCCCCCAACUGGCCUCCGCCGCCGCUCGCCGGCAAUCCUCUUCUCGUCUUCUUCUAGCACCACCAUUACAUAUAGUUUCUUAUCCUCCUCUUCGUCGGCGGAAAUAAAGAGAUCUGGAGAGGAACCCAUGGAAGAGAGUCGCACCGACUUGAUGCAGUGCUUUCGUUCCUCCUCCGCCUCAGCAGCCUCCUCAGUGGCCGCCACAAGCUCUUCUCCUUAUUCCCCUUCCUUCAUUCCUAGGCCUCCCGGCUCUUUGGAUCUCCCUAAUUUCGGCCCGACGUUCCGACACUUCACUCCCAGCUUCAGCCCUGACACCACCGCAGCCAAAAGGCCUGGCAUUCCGCCGAUCCCACCCUCUCCGACGUCCUCAACGGCCGCGCUUCCUUUUCACUCGCGAUCUCUUUCUCAAUCCCACGCCUUUGAUUCGUUAGCUCACCUCCCGUCCUCUCCUGCACCUUCUCCGCCGCCGCCUUUGCUUGUUGACCCUAUGAUGGUCGACGACCGGGCUCCUUCCUCUCGUACACCGACACCCCGCGACGGUCUGCCCCCGCGCCGCGUGCACCGCCGCUCCCACAGUGAUGUCCCCUUCGGACUCCCGCUACCGUCGCCUCCGGCGUCGCGGCCCGUGUCCUCCUCGAAACAACUGGAGAGCAGCGGUGGUGAGGCAGUCCGUGCGGCCGACUGCUCCAAGUCGGGAGUGGCGGCCGUGGAUGAUUUGAUGUUUGCCUAUAUGGAUAGCUUGGACACGUUGAUCUCCUCUGGAACGGAGGAUAGGCACGAGGAUCUGGUGGAGUGCAGCAGGCUCAGCGGCACGAAAACAAGCGGGGCUGACAGCAGCGAGAACGAGGCGGAGAGUAGCGUCAAUGAAAGCGGUGGUGAUGGUGGUUGCCGUGGAGAGAGGAAGGAAGGGCACAAGAGAACCGCGGCAGUGGAUCCGAAGCCAUCGAAUUCACGACAUCGUAGGAGUAUCUCCAUGGACAGUUUUGUGGGAAAGCUGCAUUUUGGGGAUGACUCGCCCAAAUUUCCGCCCUCACCGGGAGGUCAAAUGGGACAGCUUUUGCGUAGUGGCUCAAUGGAUGAGACAAUGAAUACGUUCAACUUAGAGUUAGGUAACGGCGAGUUUAACGCAGCUGAGAUGAAGAAAAUUAUGGCAGAUGAAAAGCUUACAGAAAUGGCACUAGCUGAUCCUAAGAAAGUGAAGAGGAUUCUUGCCAACCGUAUUUCAGCUGCACGUUCCAAGGAGAGGAAAAUGCGCUAUAUUUCGGAAUUGGAACAUAAGGUGCAGAUAUUGCAAACUGAGGCUACUACGUUAUCAGCACAAUUGACCAUGUUACAGAGGGACUCAGCCGGGCUUACAAAUCAAAAUAAUGAGUUGAAAUUCCGUCUUCAAGCCAUGGAGCAGCAAGCACAUCUGAAAGAUGCCCUGAAUGAGCAAUUGAGCGCUGAAGUCCAGCGUCUGAAACUUGCUUCUGGAGAGAUCAGCGAGGCUCAGCUUUCAAAGAACAUGAAUCAGCAAAUGCAAUUGAGUCCUCAACUGUUCCAGUUGCAUCAAUUGCCAGAGCAGCAACAACAUCAUCAGCAGCAGAAACAACAAAUUGCUCAGGCGCCUCCAUGCCAAUUGCCACCUCCGCAACAAACUCAAAACAAUGUUUCCGCCAAGUUAGAAUCAAGCAGAUGCUAAAAGGUGCCUUUCCGAUCUUCCUUAUGUUUCAGUCAGCUGAGAUAUAUGAAGAUAGCAUGUUACCUAAUAUAUAUUUAGCAACUUUAGAACAGUUUGACUACAAUUUUUAUGUAUUCUUUUCAAUAGUACAACUUAAUCGCAAGUCCAUGGAUUGCUUCUAUGAAUAACAAUUUGUUUUAUA